GACAUGAAGGGGGCCGUCGGCUAGUGGGUCCCACAGCACCCGGAACCGAUCCCGUGAGAUCCCCAAAACCCUGAUUCCGGAUUUCUUUCUCGCCUUCGCCGAAUGCUCUCUUCGAAGCCCUGUGAGGGAGAAGAUGGGGAAGUACAAGGCUCCUCUGCCGAACAGAACUCAGGAGAAGCGAGCGCAAGUCAAGGAGUUCAAACGCAAGGUCUAUGGCGACCCCAACACCGGCAAACUCAAGAUCAAGGACGCUCCCCUCUCCAUUUCAGGAAAGCGCAAGCGCAAGCUCUUCAGGCGGAUGUGGAAAGAGCAUAAGGAUGCGCUAGUACAGGGUUUGGAGACGAUGGAUGACAUGGAGAUGGCGCCUGUCAAUGCGGAAGGAACUUCUAAAGAUAGCAGCAAAUCUUCAACGAAGUUUUUUGUGAAGAAGAAUGUGAAACUUAAGCUUAAGAAGAAGAAAGGAAAAGGUAAGGUCCUAAUGGAGGAUUCUGAGCCAAAUGUUGAUGCCAUGGAAGAAUGACCUGUGGACUACGUUUGGUGCUUUAACAACCUUGGAAGAGAGUAUCAUCGGUAGGUUAGUUUCGUUCAUUGUACAUGUAACUAACUGAGAGAUUGCACCAGCUUCAUUUCUUCUCUGUAAAUGAAAGAAACUGUUUUUAUUUUAUGUUCUUUAUUAUGACCAGAAACAGAUGACAUGGUACUUUGGGUAAAUAUUGAUCAACUCUUCUUUUACCUUAAA